AUGAAGGCCCCACCGAAAGGGAUGCUGGCGCAUGGUGUCUGCGUGGUCGUGAUGCUGCUGCCGUUGCUUCCCGUUGGUGAAACGUUCAAUCUUUCCCCAGUGCCGAACUACGUGUUCCGGGAACCGAACUUGGAGUUACAUAUGGAAAAAGUACGCAGUUCGUACUUUGGAUAUUCGCUUAAUCUGCGCCCUGGAGGUGUAAUUGUCGGUGCACCGAGAGCUCAAUCGGAUUUGGCGGCACAGCGCAAAGUGAACGAAACUGGCGCCAUCUAUCGGUGUCGCUUUGCGGACGGUGUAUGUGGUCCGUACUACUUUGAUAAGCUAGGCAACACGAACGCCGAACAGUCGGACUUCGCGUACAACUCGGAGAAGAAGGACUUUCAGAUGCUGGGCGCAACCAUGGAUGGUCAUGGGUCCGAUGGCGAUCGGUUUGUGGUCUGUGCGCCGAAGACGAUCAGUGAGCUGGUCGAUUACUAUCUGCUGCACGGCAUUUGCUACGUUACGGACGGUACCGAGCAGGACCAGGAACCGAAAGACAUUCGAAAGAUCAUACCGUUGCGUGCGAAAGAUAAGCAGCUGCACAAGGAUCCGUACGGACAGUACUACAACUACAUGUACGGUGAGCAGGGCAUUAGCGUGCACGUGACCGACGAUGGGGAGGAGAUACUGAUCGGGGCACCGGGAGUCUUCAACUGGCGCGGUACGGUAGUGCGAUAUAGACGCCGCUUCAACGAAGAUAUGGGUGGCCUCAGCCGACGUGACGAUUGGUUGGCUCAGCAUCGUCCAAGCAAUCGACACAGGCGCCAGAUGAUACAGUACGUCAGUGAUGUACCGAAUCCGUACUUUAGCGCUAUACAGGACGAUUCGUACUUCGGAUAUGCGGUCGGGUCGGGAGAUUUUCGGGGCGACCGAAAGACACUGUACGUGGCGAGUGCUCCCCAAUCGAACGGCCAGGUGGGCGAAGUGUUUCUGUUCGACAUCAUCAACGCGGAUUCGUUCCUGGAAACGCAGAUCAAGGUGCGCUACACCUUUCCCGGCCAGCAGCAGGGUGAAUACUUCGGGUACGCCCUGCUGGCCGAAGAUUUCAAUGGUGAUGGGUUCGCGGAUCUAGCUAUCGCCGCACCGAUGCAUAGCCGAUCGGGCGAUCAUGAUAGUGGCGUUGUGUACGUAUACUGGAACGAGGGCGAACUGAACUUUCAGCUGCAGGGAAUGCUUGCCGGCAAUCAGGAAGUUGCCGGUCGGUUUGGUACAAGCCUCGGAAGAAUUGGUGAUAUUAACAUGGACGGAUAUAACGACCUUGCGGUUGGUGCGCCUUUCGAGGGUAAUGGUGCCGUGUACAUCUUCCUCGGUUCGGCGGACGGACUGCAAUCGAAACCAAGUCAACGGUUAACACCACCAACGAACGAGGUGCUCUCGCCUCAGCCCAUGUUUGGUUUCGCUCUGUCACGUGGCAGCGACAUCGAUGCCAAUGGUUACAAGGAUCUUGCCGUCGGAUCGCCGAAUGACGAGAAGGUGUAUGUCUACCGGACGUAUCCGGUCGUGCGCGUCGAGGCGGAAGUGACCUCGUCCAAGCGGGAACUCACACUAGACGACACAACGUUCGAUCUGUCCAUCUGCAUGAGCGCAAUGUUCGUCGGCGGACAACCGUUUGAUGUGCAGCUCAGUUACGAGCUUAGCGUAGAUGCACAGGUUGGCCGUGUUACACUGGCGGGCGUUGGUGGUAAUAGACGCAACGAAACUAUCACCGUCACCGGCGCGAAUGAAUGUCGGCGGAUCGAUGUGCGUCUGAAGGCUACAGCCGCCAGCAUCUACAAACCAGUGUUGGUCGAGCUGUCCUAUGAACUGGUACGACAGCUUCCAGCAGCUGACGGGGAUGAUGCAAGCUUCUGUGACGCGUGUGCUCUGCUCGACCCAACUGUGCCGAAUCGGGUAAUUCAAAAGAUUUCCUUCAAGACGGGCUGCCAAGGAGAGGUGUGCGUGUCCGAUUUACGUCUGUCUGCCCGUUGGUUAGACAUUACGCCUGUAUACGUACUCGGCAGUACGAAGAAAGCAUCGCUCGAGUUCGAGGUGUACAAUGCGGGUGAGAAUGCGUACCUACCCCAGCUGAACGUCACACUCACACCGGCUCGUCUGACACUGGCCAAGCUGACAUCAGAGUGCGUGCAAUCGAUCACUGCGGAGGGAGUUAAUGUACUGUGCGAUCUCAACAAUGGUUUACCGCUGAAGGCAUCCUACACUUCCCGGUACACUCUCAUCCUCGAUAUGACAAAAUUGGAAGGUACCAGUGCCGAUAUUAAGGCGGAAGUGAUGAGUUCCAGCGAUGAAUCCGUGCAGGAGGAUAACUUCAUCGAGCAGGUGCUUACACUGCAGGAGUUUAGCGAUAUCGAGAUAAUAGGAAAAACUUCAACAUCGGAAGUAUUCCUGGAACAGCAAAGUGGACUGCACAACAUCACGUACGAGAUUCAGGUCCACAGCAAUGGACCUAGCACCUUCCGGCGGUUGGAGUUUACGCUGGAUGUACCGCUUGUGUAUCACAAGCCAAGCUCUGGAAAAUCAUUCAAGAUCAUUAACUUUAACAACAUGGUCGUGACCGGAUACUACAACUACAAAACGCUCGACUACACCUGGACGCAGAACGAUACUAUCCUGCUGCCGAAUCCGAUCGAACGCGAUCAUAUCCUUCCGCCGACUGCAGGCGUAGAAGAUAUGCACCGACUGCCGUCCGAUUUUGAUCUCCUCUCCGGUGGUGGAAUCGCUAGUGCUGGAAUCGGUGGGCUUGCCGGAGAAAAUCAACCUUACGGUUAUGAUCCAGCCACGGCAGGUAUGCAUCGGCGCCGUCGACGUCAAAGCGGUUCUCAGGAACAGUACUACAACCGGUACACCGGACAGGUGGCGGGACAUUCGCGUGUACGUCGCAGUCUGUCGACGGUGACCGAUGCCACAGUGCAGGCCCUUCCUGGAAACCGUACGCUGUUCUUUAACUGCGCAGAGGAGGAUUCCUUCAUCGAGUGUGCCCGCCUGAAUGUGGCGGUAGACAUCUUCCGUCCGACGAAUGUGCCCAUCAUUAUAACGCUUCACUUCCAGCUCGAUCUCGAUGCAAUCGGUGAAGCGUUUCUCGAACGUGAAGACAUCUUCGCCCUGACGAUGUUGGCUGAUGUGCACAAGACGGGCGACCCGGACGGUGCUACCUUCCGGCAGGUCCGUAGCAAUCCCUCUACGGUGGUGUAUCGUUAUUCGGACGGUAGUACUCCGGUCUGGGUGAUCAUUGUGUCGGUACUCGGCGGACUGUUGCUGGUUGCUGCGAUCACGUAUGGUUUGUAUCGAGCCGGGUUCUUGAAACGCAAUCGCGUUGAUAAGGAAGCGUUUGAAAACCUGCAUCGUGAGAGCGCACGCCUUAACGAGCCGGAACAGGUAAACCAAUCACCGGCAGAAGCUACCACUGAACUGAACUGAUAUGUUUGCCCGGGUGAGUUGAUGAACUGAGCGUUACGACAAAACACUGGCAGCAUAUUUCUUGACACCAAAUAGUAAUGGCUGAGCGUUGCACAGACGAACUGCUGCUAAGGAAUAGUGCAUUUGUUAUGUUUAUAGCCGAUUUAGACAUUGCCGAUAGCUCGGCUUAGUAAAGCCGUAGUGUUAUAAUGAAUUAUUCAAUUAGGAUAGGCAAAAGGAUACUUUAAGCUCUAGUUGAAACGACCCGGUCGGUAGCUCCGAGGUUGUGGUGCUACAAAAAAGAAAAAAAGAAGCCAUUAGCAUAUCUUUAUCAAUUUCAGUUCGUAGAAUUAGUUCAUUAUUAACAGUAUCCUAAGCUGCAGCAUAAACACUAUGGCAUUGAUGUGGUACAUUUUUUAAUUAAAUUAGUGUAGCGUUAGCCUUAGACACGACACAAACUUUGAGCAAAAGACAUGUUUUACCAUGUUCUAGUCACAUCCGGUAGUGCUUAUAGUGCAUAGGAUAUUGUGAGUUUAAUGCAUGCAUCAAAUUCAUUAUACAUUACCCAUUAUCGAUAUCGUUGUGCAAAUGAGAUGAACUACAUCGCAACAUCACUACCUCUAAUUAUUACUUUUUUAAUGGAGCAUCAAGAUCUAUCCCAUUUUUGCUGUUGUAUGUGAACUGUUUGGUGAGAAUUUCUUCCUUGUGACAUCAACAUACUUAUAAAACGUGGUUGCUUUUGUAUGAAGAUUUUGCUACAAAGUUAAUUCCAAUUGCACAAGCUAUCUCGGACGCUGUCAGCUUUACGGUUCGAUUUCGAUUUUAGCAUAGAUCCAUAACUAUUAGAUAGUAAAAAUAAACUUUAUAGCUUUAUCACUUGCUUGUGAAGAACUGUUGCUUAUAGCAGAUAUUAAAAGGGUUACAUUAUGAAUAAUUUACAAAACAACGGGAAAUAAUAAUUGAAAUUCGUAAUUUAGAAUUGCAAGCAGGAAAAUUAAAUGUAAAUUAAACUAAAUUCUCACCACUCUUCGUAGUGCAAAAUGAGCAAACCGAACUACCAACCAGUUUAAUAAUAAAU